ACAUUGGGUCAGGCACACGCGAGGGGCAGCCCCCGAGGGCCGUCCCAGAGGCCCCCGCGCCGCCGCGGUCCUAACGGGGUGCACCGUCUUCCGCCGCACGUGGAUUCAGCGCGAUGCCCAAAUCCAAGCGCGACAAGAAAGUCUCCUUAACCAAAACUGCCAAGAAAGGCUUGGAAUUGAAACAAAACCUGAUAGAAGAGCUUCGGAAAUGUGUAGACACCUACAAGUACCUUUUCAUCUUCUCUGUGGCCAACAUGAGGAACAGCAAGCUGAAGGACAUCCGGAACGCCUGGAAGCACAGCCGGAUGUUCUUUGGCAAAAACAAGGUGAUGAUGGUGGCCUUGGGUCGGAGCCCAUCUGAUGAAUACAAAGACAACCUGCACCAGGUCAGCAAAAGGUUGAGGGGUGAAGUGGGUCUCCUGUUCACCAACCGCACAAAGGAGGAGGUGAAUGAGUGGUUCACAAAAUACACAGAAAUGGACUACGCCCGAGCUGGUAACAAAGCAGCUUUCACUGUGAGCCUGGAUCCAGGGCCCCUGGAGCAGUUCCCCCACUCCAUGGAGCCACAGCUCAGGCAGCUGGGCCUGCCCACCGCCCUCAAGAGAGGUGUGGUGACUCUGCUGUCUGACUACGAGGUAUGCAAGGAGGGCGAUGUGCUGACCCCAGAGCAGGCUCGCGUCCUGAAGCUUUUUGGGUAUGAGAUGGCUGAAUUCAAGGUGACCAUCAAAUACAUGUGGGAUUCACAGUCGGGAAGGUUCCAGCAGAUGGGAGACGACUUGCCAGAGAGUGCAUCCGAGUCCACAGAAGAGUCAGACUCAGAAGACGAUGACUGAAAGGGACUCAGGACUGAAGGUCUCCUGGAACCUUCUGGGUCUCACUGAACCAUCAGGACUGCUGCCACCCCUCUGGAGAGAACAGCUUUUUAUUUGUCUGUAGACAGGGAACGUGAUGGGCACUGACCUCCUGUAAAGAAUAAAACUCUGGGCCGGGCGCAGUGGCUCAUGCCUGGAAUCCCAGCACUUUGGGAGGCCGAGGCAGGGAGAUCAUAAGGUCAGGAGAUUUAAGACCAUCCUGGCUAACACCGUGAAAUCCCGUCUCUACUAAAAAUAGAAAAAAAAAAAAAAACUAGCUGGGCAUAGUGGCAUGUGGCUGUAGGAGGCAGGGAAUUGCUUGAACCCGGGAGGCGGAGGUUGCCGUGAGUCAAGAUUGGACCACUGCACUCCAGCCUGGGCGACAGAGCAAAACUCCGCCCCAAAAAAAAAAAAAAAAAGAAUACAACUUUGCAGGAUGUCUCUCCUGGAGACAAGAGGGAGAGGAGGGAGAGGGCUCUUUCUUAGAAAAGAGGCCUUCGGUGAGCCCAGCCCAGAAGUUUGAAACCAGCCUGGGCACUUCAGCAAGAUCCCAUCUCUACAAAAAAUAAAAAAAAAUUAGGUGUGGUGC